ACAUUCCGUUCUGCGAUUGGAUACAGCACCGUUCUCCUCUCUCCUCUGAGCUGGCUGAGUAGAGCGUCCCUCAGGGGGAAACUUCUUGAAGAUAAACGUCAACAGCUACACUACAAAUAAGGCGGAAGACAUGUGCUGAGCAGUUGUGAAAACUGUCACAUUGAAGAAAGAACGACUUUAGUCUUAUUCUUUUAGAACAGAACAAGUACAGCAUUUGCUGACUAAUUGGACUUUCCACAGCAGUUGCCAUGUUGUCCAGGUUGAGGACGGCCUGCUCCCUCAGGCCCUGUGUCUCUGCCUGCAGAUGGGCACACACCAAAGAAAAAGGCAAGCCCCUCAUGCUUAACCCCCACACCAACAAGGGCAUGGCUUUCACUCUUCAGGAGCGACAGAUCUUAGGCAUUCAUGGUUUACUUCCUCCUAAAGUAGAGACUCAGGACAUUCAGACGCUGCGCUUUCAGAGAAAUCUCAAGAAAAUGACUGAUCCUUUAGAAAAAUACAUCUAUCUGAUGGGCAUCCAGGAGAGGAAUGAGAGGCUCUUCUACCGGGUUUUGAUGGAAGACAUAGAGGAGUUGAUGCCGAUUGUCUACACCCCCACUGUCGGCCUGGCCUGCACACAGUACGGACACAUCUUUAGAAGACCAAAAGGCUUGUUCAUCUCCAUUUUGGACAGAGGACAUGUCCGCUCUAUCCUGGACAACUGGCCGGAAACGAAUGUAUCUGCUGUAGUGGUAACUGACGGAGAGCGCAUUUUAGGAUUGGGGGACCUUGGUGUUUAUGGAAUGGGCAUUCCUGUGGGUAAACUCUGCCUGUAUACGGCCUGCGCUGGCAUCAGACCUGAGAAAUGUCUGCCGGUGGUGAUUGACGUCGGCACCAACAAUGAGACUCUCCUUAAGGAUCCUUUUUACAUGGGCUUGUAUCAAAAGCGAGACCGGUCUCAAGCUUACGACGACCUGAUUGAUGAGUUCAUGGAAGCUGUGGUGGACAAGUACGGCCAGGACACACUGAUCCAGUUUGAAGACUUUGGGAACCACAACGCAUUCCGAUUCCUCAGGAAGUACAGGGAGAAAUACUGCACCUUCAACGAUGACAUCCAAGGCACUGCAUCUGUAGCCCUGGCUGGUCUGUUAGCAGCUCAAAGAGCGGUCGGCAAACCAAUCACAGAACACAAACUGCUUUUCCUGGGAGCUGGAGAGGCUGCUCUUGGCAUUGCCAAUCUGAUUGUGAUGGCCAUGAUGGAGGCUGGGAUGACGCAGGCAGACGCCAGGGAAAAGAUCUGGAUGUACGACGCCCACGGUUUACUGGUUAAGGACAGAUUUCAGAAAACGGAUAUUAACCAGGAGGCUUUUGUCCAUGACAGUCCAGGGGACGUGCACAGCUUCCUGGAUGCUGUCAACACCAUCAAACCCACAGCCAUUAUUGGUGUGGCAGGAGCUGGACGCCUGUUUACCCAUGAUGUUAUUAAAGUUAUGGGAACGUUCAAUGAACGACCAAUCAUCUUCGCCUUGAGUAACCCAACAAACAAAGCCGAGUGCACAGCUGAGGAUGCCUACACUUUAACUGAAGGGAGAUGCCUGUUUGCCAGUGGAAGUCCAUUCGGUCCAGUUACUCUGAGUAACGGACAAGUCUUCACCCCGGGGCAAGGAAACAAUGCUUACAUCUUCCCAGGUGUAGCCUUGGCUGUGAUCCUGAGUGGAGUGAGGCACAUCAGUGACACUGUAUUCCUGGAGGCUGCUAAGGCUCUUGCAGAACAGCUGACUGAUAAAGAGCUCGCAGAAGGCCGACUCUAUCCUCCUCUCUCCAACAUCAGAGAGGUCUCUGUCCAGAUCGCUAUCAAGGUGAUGGAGUACGUCUACACUAAAGGCAUGGCGUUCCGCUACCCUGAGCCCAUGGACAAAAACGGUUUCAUUCGCUCUACUGUGUGGAACACCAGCUACGACUCCUUCCUGCCGGACAUGUACGACUGGCCGGGCGUCAGCUUUAAACCAAAGACUGAGUAGAAGUAAAGCAAACUCUUGUUGAGCCUCACUCUCAAAUUAUGUUUUUUUCACCAUUUGUUUAAAAUAAUAUCCAUUUUUUCUGAACAAUUUUAGGGCAAAAAUCAUUUGCAGUUCUUAUUCUUUACUUCAUUUGGUUUAGAAACAUUUGAGGCUGAUAAAAUUAAAGACAAAAAAGUAACAUAUUUGAGGUAGCUCUUUUUUCAUUGUAAUAUGUUUUUUGUUCUAUUCUAGUUUUUAAAUGUAACAAAAGUGGAUAGCCAACUGAUGCUGGGAAAAGUCAUUGAGAAAACACAUUUUGGUGUGAGAACUCCUAAACUUUUCAUCAUUUAUUUUUGUAUUGAUCAUAAAUGUCAAGAAACUACAGCUGAAAAUAUAGAUUAUAUAUUAAACCAUAAUCAUAGGAAAAAUGUAGGAACCAGUGACUAGAAUCAAUAAAUUGACAUAAAUAUUUUCUAACUUAAAUGGGACAAAUGUAUAUGUUCAUCAAAUUAUAUAUUUUUUGGUCUUGUAGGAAUUUUUGUUUGCUCUUCUAUUUUGGCUGAAAUACAGAUUUAAUACAAGUUUCAGUGCAGUUGAAACAAUAAUUUGGAGCUGUUGCAAACAUGUCAUAAUGUUUAGUGUUUGAAGCUACUCAGCAUCGCAUAUUGAUUUCUUUAUUGCCUUUUAUUACAUUAUGGCUAUCUUCUAAACAGCCAGUAAAAGGCAUCCCGAAAUAAGAGAGGGUAAAAAAAAUAAGAAGGGAAACCAACCUGACUGAAGGGGAAAAUUUAGUAUUUUUGUAGACAUUUAGACAGAAGUUUAUGCAGAUUUACAUGGGAAAAUGUGUUAUAUUUUAUAUGUAGAGUUAUUGAACCAAACGUGCUACCAGCUAACCCUUAAAUGCGCCUUUCAGCACAUUGUUGCCUCCUGUUUCUUUUCCUUAGAUUUUAUUUUGUAUUGGCACUCCUUUAGGUCUGAUAUAUAUAACUCCAUUCACAAACAAAACUUCUAUAAAAGAGACAGCAGAAGUUGUGUUUCAACUAUACAAAGCCAUUAUUAUCUACAAAACAUAGUGCAAUAUGUGCAAAUAUACAAAUUAAAUUUACUAUAAUAAACUCCUUAUGCACCUUUAGUUUAAAGAGCCCCAAUAGUUGAUGAUUAAAGUAGUUUGUUGUGAUGAUAGUGAAUUUAUUUAACACUGUGCACAACAAAAUAACAAAUAAGACUUUUUAUUUAUUAUUCUAUCCACCCUGAUGUUUUAGAAUAGAUUUAUCACAUGUUCAUCUUGUUUCUUAAGGUAAUCCAGCUGUCAGUUAACCAGCUGAUAACUUGCUUGCCUUUUCAGUAACUCUAGUAGAGUUUUUAUAGAUGGCUACAGAGCAACCAUUAACCUCAGGGUGUUAUUGUACCUAUUGUAUCUGCUUUGAAGUGCCAGAAAAAAUGUGUAAAUUCACUCCAUGUUCCUGUGCAAACUCCCAACAUGCUGCUGGUAGAUCAGAAAAAAAAUGUCUGUGUGUUUUGUAAAAAUGUCUCACCUGUGUCUUAGGUGUUUCGCUGCGCAGCUUGUGACAAAAUAUAUUUCACUUAUUUUAAUGUCCAUUUGUAUUUAAGGAUUUGCAAUUGUUUAAAGGGUAUUUCUAUAGAAAACUUGCAUCUGUCCUUGAUGUUAAGACUGAUUUUUGUUCAUUUUGUCCCAAUGCUGUCCAGUUUAUGAACUGUUAUUGCUGUAAUGUGUUGUACAAUGUUUUAUCCUGCUUCAAUACAACCCCGCACAAUGUUUCAAAUCUGAUAAAUUCGAUUUAUUUGACAUUA